AACUAUUGUCAAUUCACAAUAGUGUCAUGAGGUGUCAACAUUCAACAGUCAAAUAGAAAAUUUUGUCAGUCAGAAAAAUGGCGACUUUACUUCCUCGAUCCCUAAAUUUAGCUGAAACAAUAUUUCUAAAAAAUGGUACCAAGUUUAUAGCAGGAGCAGCAGGGAAGAAUCUGCCCAACAAACAACAAGUUCGUAAUCUAAAUGUCCAUGAAUAUGUCAGCUACACUUUACUGCGAGACAAUGGCAUUCCUGUUCCAAAAUUCAACAUUGCAAAAACACAGGACGAGGCAGUCAAGUUCGCCAAGGAACUUAAUACCAAAGAUAUUGUGCUAAAAGCACAGGUACUCGCUGGAGGAAGGGGUAGGGGAGCAUUUAAAAAUGGCCUCAAGGGUGGAGUCAGGAUGGUUAAUACGCCUGAAGACGCAGGAGAUAUUGUGGGCAAGAUGUUAAAGCAGUACCUGGUCACCAAGCAGACAGGUGCAGCUGGUCGCAUUUGUAACAUGGUGAUGGUCACCGAGAGGAAGUUCCCUCGUCGUGAAUACUAUGUGGCCAUUAUGAUGGAGAGAAGCUUUAAUGGUCCAGUUAUAAUUGCAUCAUCCCAAGGAGGUGUAAACAUUGAAGAUGUAGCUGCUGAAAAUCCAGAUGCCAUCACCUACGAGCCUAUCGAUAUUGUUUCGGGCAUCACUGAUGACCAAAUUAGCCGCGUCAUUGAAAAGAUAGGUUUGAAGGAACAUCAAACUCAGGCAUCAGAGAUGAUCAAGAAGAUGUAUUCUCUGUUUUUGAGCAAAGAUGCUCUACUCAUUGAAGUGAACCCCUACGCUGAAGAUGCCAUUACAGGCGAAUUCUUCUGCUUGGAUGCCAAAUUCCGAUUCGACGACAACGCUCAGUUCAGACAAAAGGAACUGUUCCAACUGAGGGACAUUACUCAAGAAGAUCCCAAAGAAAUUGAAGCGGCCAAAUUCGACUUGAACUACAUUGCACUUGAUGGUAACAUUGGUUGCAUGGUGAACGGAGCUGGUCUGGCGAUGGCCACCAUGGACAUCAUCAAGUUGUACGGAGGGGACCCGGCCAACUUCCUCGACGUGGGCGGUGGAGCCACUGCUCAGGCUGUGUCUGAAGCAUUUAAAAUUAUCUUAUCGGAUCCGAAAGUGUCGGCCAUUCUGGUAAACAUCUUCGGCGGUAUCAUGCGGUGUGACGUCAUCGCGGAGGGUAUUAUCAACGCCGCCAAGAAUCUUAACAUACAGAUCCCAGUGAUUGUUCGUCUUCAGGGAACAAAAGUGAACGAAGCCCGCAAGUUGAUCGCAGAGUCCGGUCUGCGCAUCGUGCCGCGCGACGACCUGGACGAAGCGGCCCAGCUCGUGGUGCAGCUCUCAGAGAUCGUGUCGCUCGCACGGAAGGCCGGCGUCGAGGUGCAGUUCGACAUACCCAGAUAUAUGCUCGAGAAGUAGAACAGUAUUAAACACAUCUAUUUAAUCUCAUCAUUCGAAUACCAUCAACGUCCUGUGUAGAUUAAAACACUAUUUAUUCGGUAGACUCGGUGCAAUUGUUGUUAUUAAAUGUUAACUCUGCACUCGUUCGCUUUGUUGUUGUAAGAGUAAAUUGUUUCGGAAAUUUUUAUGAACCUCAUAUUUAGAUACUCUUGUAAGUUUUUUUUUUUGUCAUCGUGUUAUAUAUAACUUAUUUAUCGUUUUAGAGUAAGUUGUUUGUAUAAUGAAAUGUAUUUUACCGACCGGUUCUGUUCAGUCAUUUUUAACACGUAAUAUUUAUGUACGUAAUACAUAAUUUUCUCUAUCUCCUCACAUCCCAAUAUAAAAUAAUGUACAAUUAAAUUGAACACGUACAGUGUCGUCCAACAUAAGUUGGUAUAGUGUACCUUGUAUUAUUAAUAAAUAUAAUUAUUUCUUGUUAUCUUAACAUUUCACUGUAUGUUAGAGUUCAGAUAUCGAAUUUAUAAUUAAUGAAUGUUCGCUUCUGCGCGCUUUGAAUUAUAAAAUCGACUACGACGUCCUACUUACUUAAAUAAAUUUUAUUAAAUGAUUAACAUGUUCGUCAUAUUGCCAAUAUACUGGCCGAAACGUGUAUCUGCGCAAUAAGCAAGUAUUAUGUACAUUGAUAUAUAUUAUACAAUGUGUAUGUUCCUUUGUAGAUAGAUUUCAUUAUUUUGAUUAACGUGUUUAAAGUACAAUAAGGUAUUUAAUUUACCUAAGUGAUAUUUAUUUCUUUGAUAUGUAAUAUGAUGCAAUCAUGCCCGUAAUAAAUAUACUUAAAU